GGGUGCGCUUGCGCGAUCCUCUGGCCAUCAAGAUGGCGCUGGAGAUUCGGCUUCCUGUGGCCCGCCAGCGGCUACCGGAGAGCUUGGACCGGGACACGCAGAAGCACCUGGUGGUGCCCGGGGACACGAUCACCACAGAUACUGGCUUCAUGCGGGGCCAUGGUACCUAUAUGGGGGAUGAGAAGCUUAUAGCGUCUGUGGCUGGCUCAGUGGAGAGAGUGAACAAGCUGAUCUGUGUGAAAGCUUUGAAGACCAGGUAUAAUGGUGAAGUAGGAGACAUUGUGGUGGGGAGAAUCACAGAGGUUCAGCAGAAGCGGUGGAAGGUAGAGACCAACUCCAGGCUGGAUUCAGUCUUGCUUCUCUCAUCCAUGAAUCUUCCAGGGGGAGAGCUGAGGAGGAGAUCUGCAGAAGAUGAGCUUGCAAUGAGGGACUUCUUACGGGAAGGUGACCUUAUCAGCGCUGAGGUCCAGGCAGUAUUUUCUGAUGGUGCUGUGUCUCUACAUACCAGGAGUCUAAAAUAUGGAAAACUCGGGCAGGGAGUUCUCGUCCAGGUUUCGCCUUCUCUGGUGAAACGACAGAAGACCCAUUUCCAUGACUUGCCUUGUGGUGCCUCUGUGAUUUUGGGCAAUAAUGGCUUCAUCUGGAUCUACCCCACCCCUGAGCAGAGAGAAGAAGAAGCAGGGGGCUUCAUUGCCAAUCUGGAGCCAGUACCCCUUUCUGAUCGGGAAGUGAUAUCUCGGCUCCGAAACUGCAUUGUUUCCCUGGUGGCUCAGAAGAUGAUGUUGUUUGAUACUAGUCUUCUGUACUGCUAUGAAGCAUCUCUUUCCCAUCAGAUCAAGGACAUUUUAAAACCAGAGAUAAUGGAAGAAAUUGUAAUGGAAACUCGACAGAGGCUUUUGGAACAGGAGGGAUAAGGAAAGGAAUCUGGGGAUGAAGAAUGCUGUAUGUUUUUGGCUGAUGCAGUUCUUGGGGAGAGCCUAGUCAUGUGACUGGUUCUUAGCUGGAACAUGACAGUUGUUUAGAUAUUAGUUUUGACCAAUAUACGCAAAGAGUCGCUGUGACGGACACCCAGCAUUAAGCUGAAUGAAGAGCCAAGAAAAGAAUCCCUUCAUCAGCCCUGACAGGCAUUCUUCUGUCUCUUACCUGUAGCUGUGCUUUCUUCUUUCCCUUUAUAUAGAAAAUGAGGGUGAUAACAUAAGUGGAAAUUGUGCCUUUGGGCUCUUUAGUUGGUGCUUGAGUCCAAGCACUAGAUGGCGGUUUCAGCUCAUUAAAAGUAUGUGAUGUUCCCAGCCAGAAUGUGCUUCACUGCCUGGGAUAGUAAAGAGAAUCCUUUGUCUUUCACCCACUGUCAUUCAAACAGAACAAUGUAAAUAAACCCAGUGACCCAUGAAAUUGGCCCUAUAAAAGACAUUGCAACUCUGACCCCAAAUGUUACUUUUCAGGCUUGGUUUUUUGUUGUUUUUUUUUUUUUUGAGCUAAAACAUAUCACAUUCCAGUUGUAUUCUAAUCAGUUUUUUAGAUUAAGUCUAAAUGGUGGCAGCUUGCUCAGUUGGAAUCUUGCAUCCCCUUUAAUGGGCUACUUUAAAAGAAGAGAUUUAACUUUGGUGAACAUUGCCUUACGAUCCUGAGAAUGGAUUCUAGAUUCAUCCUUACAAGAGUGGAAUCCUCUUCACCAAGACCUCUUAUUUCUGCCCAGGAAGACAUUUUUUAAUACUGCUAAUGAAGGGUACUUGAAUUGCCAUCAUUGGAUUGUAAGUCACCUUGGAUUGAUUAGAGGGGAUGAAUUAAGUCUGUGUGCUUUGAUAAAAAGGAACUAAAUGAGACAGAGAUCGUGAUUUUGACACAGCCUUUCCUGGGACAUGGGCAUUCUUGUGCAGUGUUUUUAUGUAGUUUUUUAGGUUUGUUGAAAGACAGUUGUUUUAAAAAAAUUUCUAAAUACUCUUGUACACGUGCACAUAUUGUUUUGGUACACUGGUAGAGUUCCUAGAAUUUGGUUUCUGCGUUUUUGUUCUCUAUCACUGUUGGGGGGUGACUUGAGUUAAGGGUGUCUGCUGACAGAUUCAUCACAUCACACCCCACCCAAGUAAUUUGAAAGAAAAAUGCAAUAGUCAAAGUAUCCUUUUGCUUGAGCUUUGGGUUAUAUUUUCCCACACUGAAUUUGACAAGGCUUGAAUAUACUUGGGAUAAUUUUUCCUGGAAUGACACAUGAGUUUUCUUUAUAUAGUUACCCAUGAUCUAAGACAUGUCACUCCUGUCCCCAUUUUUUGUCACUCCUAUUUUGAGUAUGCAGAGUGAAACGAUUUGUUUAGCUCUGUUUCAACUUGUAUUGCAGAAUAAUUUUCUAGCUCAUAAUGUUUUGAGAGAAAUGAAAAGGCAUAAGUGGAAGCUUGCCUGUGGUCUAAGAUAACUGAUUGAGAGGUUUGGUUUGGGACCAGAUUGUAAGCCCCUUGAGGGCAAGGAACCAUUUUAUGUUGCUGUGCACACACUGGUGUUCAAUAAAUAUUUGUUGAAAAAAAUUUAUUUUGUUCAGACCUGAGAUUUUAGUAGUAGAGAGAGCUUCCGAUAAUGGAAACUCACUUCAGAAAACAAACUCCCUUUACAGAUGCAGAUUUGCAAUAUAACUUAAGUCUUGAGAGAUGCUUAAGGUAUUGAGAAAUUAAUUUACUUGUCCAUAGCCACACAACUAAUAUGUGUCAGAGGCAGAACUUGAAUCCAGGUCUUUCUGACUUGCCAAAUAAAUAUGUUGACUGUUAAUGUAGAAAAUAGUAGCUGUUAACUUCUUUUAUUGACAAUAUUCAUUUUUAGAUUUUAUUUAGCACCAAAUAAAUAUAUCCCUCUCUCCUCCACUACCCGGUGAAUCCAUACCAUAGAGAAUAAGAAGGAAAUGAAAAAACUUUUUGAAAAACAGUUUUAGCAAAACUAACUGAACAUUAUACACAGUGUUCCGUGCUCAUGGCUUUCAUUCUGCAAAGAAGUUAGCAAGGUACAUUUUUCUAGCUCUUUUUAAGUCAGAGCUUUGUUAUUAUAAUGGACCAUAUGUUUUAUCCUUUCGUUCUUUUCCAUUGACGUUGUAGUCAUGGAUGUUAUUUCUUUGGUUCUGCUUUCUUUAUUGGUUUCUAUCUUUCCAUGCACCCCUGGAUUCUUCAUAUUCCUUGUUACUUACAAUGCAGUAAUAUUCCAUUACAUUUAUGUACCCCAGUGGUUCUAAAACUUUUUUUUGUUCACAAUGUAGUAUUCUUUGCUUGUGGGAAUUUGUAGCUCACAGAACAUUUAAGUUGGCAACACAAUGGGAGAUUUGAACUUGCAGUUUCCCUUCAAUAAAAGCAGCCAUUUUUAAUUCUUAAA